AUGGAUGGCUGCUCGGCUGCCUCCGAUUAUCCAAUCCCAGCGUCCCAUUGGCCGGCCGAUAAGAUGGAGCCAGCAGCAGGUUAUCAGCACCUCUCAGACCACGGCACCGUCCUGGCCCACCCUCAGAGACCACGGCACCCUCCUGGCCCACCCUCCAAGACCACGUCACCCUCCUGGCCCACCCUCCAAGACCACGGCACCGUCCUGGCCCACCCUCCAAGACCACGUCACCCUCCUGGCCCACCCUCCAAGACCACGGCACCGUCCUGGCCCACCCUCCAAGACCACGGCACCGUCCUGGCCCACCCUCAGAGACCACGGCACCCUCCUGGCCCACCCUCCAAGACCACGUCACCCUCCUGGCCCACCCUCCAAGACCACGGCACCCUCCUGGCCCACCCUCCAAGACCACGUCACCCUCCUGGCCCACCCUCCAAGACCACGGCACCGUCCUGGCCCACCCUCCAAGACCACGGCACCGUCCUGGCCCACCCUCAGAGACCACGGCACCCUCCUGGCCCACCCUCCAAGACCACGGCACCGUCCUGGCCCACGUCAUCAUCCUUCCUGUUCCACGCUCCGCCCCCUCUCCUUCCUCGGUGCUAG